AUGACUGUCGAUAAGAUCAACGUCACCGGCGACCCUCGGGUCCAAUUCCGUCAAGCAAGGGUCAAUGGCAAGCAAUACGGCUUCCUCUAUAGCGAGCCAAAAACAAGCACAUACAGAGCUACCAUCUUCCUUCUCCAUGGCUUCCCGGACCUAUCAAUGGGAUGGCGGUAUCAAAUCCCCAUGCUGACCGAUAUGGGACUGCGGGUUAUUGCUCCAGAUUGUUUGGGAUAUGGACGAACAGAUGCUCCAGAGGAUAUUUCGCUAUACUCUCACAAGCAGUGCGCCGAUGAUAUCAAGGAGCUAGCAUUACAACUUGGCGCCGACAAGAUCAUCGUAGGAGGACAUGACUGGGGCGCUGCAUUUGCGUACCGGCUUGCCCUCUGGUAUCCAGACCUCCCCCCGACGAAGAAGUACUAUCAUUUGGAGGAAUUUGUAGCAACGGUUGCGCCGCAUUUUGCCUAUCAGUUGCAGUUGAAAAGCGGGGACUUGGAACCAGUCAUCCGUACAGAAGAUGAUAUCAAGAAAUUCCUCAGUGCAUUGUACGGUGGUCGUACUGAAAAGGGAGAAGUAGCCUUUGACGCGGGCUUGGGAAUACUCCUGGACAAAAUGUCCGAGGUGAAACCGUCGAAGCUGCUCAGUGAAGAGGAACUCGACUAUUAUGCCAAAGAGUUCUCGCGAACUGGCAUCCGGGGUCCAUUGAACUGGUACCGGACUAGAGAAGUGAACCACAAAGAAGAACUAGCCAUCCUUGACCGGCGCAUCACAACCCCAGUCCUCUUCAUUCAAGCACUCAGAGAUGCCGCCCUUCCAGCACACCUGGGCAAGGGUAUGACAAAGACAAUCCCUCACUUGACUUACAAACAGGUCAAUACAUCUCACUGGGCUCUGUGGGAGAAGCCCAAGGAGGUAAACGAGAUGAUCGCUUGGUGGCUGGAGGAAGUGGUAUUCACCGAUCCCCGUUUGUUCAAGUUGUGA